ACCAUCCAGUUGAGAUUUUUAUUGCAUAAAAUGUUGCCAGUAAUACAUUUUUGACACUUUUUCAUUUUUAUGCUUCCCAGUUUUACCAUAGCUGAGAAGAAAAAAAUGUUUACAUACAUGUGUAUAUGAUUUAUUUCAGAAGUUGAAAAAUCUAGAAAGAAGGAAACUAAGAAACUGAUGUUAACUAGCCACAGGUGAUUAAUAACACAUUAUAUGAAAGACAGAUGAAAAUAAGUGGCAACAAACUAUUUUCACGGUAAUCUCAUAUCCCACUAAUACCGAAGUGAAAAUUGCCACCACCGAGGUUCUGUUUUCAGUUUUGUGAUUGUGGGUAGGGUGAGAUGAACACGUUUUUCUCAUUCUCUAAGACUGGUGCUUUUCACCUAAAAGCACACCUUUUAGCGACGAAGCCUGUGGCCAGAAAACCACGGGACAGCGGAAGAGAAGCCGCUUCUCAAAAUGCUCUACCCCAGGCUUCCAGGCUAGUGAAGAUCCACCGCAGGAGGGAACUUGGCGUUGGGAAAUCUGCUGGCAGGCGAGCCCGCUUUAAAGCAAGAGGGAGGAUGAGGCAGGACUGGAUACCUCCGCUUUCGCUCACCGCAGGUUGUCACGGGUAGCUGCGGUUCUGCCACCCACGCAUCUUGCUAAGGCAUCUCCAGGUUCCCCAGCGCCUUUCCUCGUUCCUCAGGAGAGCCGCUCGCCCGCCCCAAGAGUUUGCCAGAGCUGAGCAAGACCAGGCGCCGGGCUCGGCAGGGGAUUGCUUCUGUCUGGGGCUAGGCUGAGGCCGCGUUCGUGUCUCGCGCGCACCCGCUCCGCGUACUCCCAGCCAAUCGGCCGCUACUCGCGCGCUCAGCGGCGUUCCCCAUUCCAGCUCUGCCGGGCCGGGUCCUUCGAGCUCCCAGUACUCCUCUCCCGAGCUCUUCCCCUCCCCUCACUCUUCACGAGUUCCACGAUUCUUGGUGUAGCUCCGCCCCUGUCCCCGGUUCCGCCCCCGCAACCUUAGGAGCAUGUGCUCUCCUUUCCUCUGAAUCUCCUGCUAUCUAGCCGCCCAGGGUCUGGCGCUCCGCGGUGCGGCCCAGGUCUCUCCUGCCUAACUCGGACGCCUCCGCGCGUUCUCUCCGAGCAGCCACCGCGUCCCCCACCCGCAGCUCGCCACCUCCGACCCGGACUCGGGGUCGCGCGCCCCGACUCCGCCCCCUCCGCCAACUCGCGCACUCUGGGCCUUUCGCGCUUGGCCGCUGAGUGCCUGGCCGCCUCCCCCUCCUUCUUUGCUCUCCUCGCGCUCCACGGGCGCUCACACUCUCGCGCUCUCCGAGGCGAGCGCGCUCCCGGCCCGCGCGCUCCGGGCUCCGGCUUCUCCCGGCUCCUGUCAGUGCGGUGACUGCGCUGGGAAACAUGGCGACCGAGGGAAUGAUCCUCACUAACCACGACCAUCAAAUCCGGGUCGGAGUCCUCACAGUGAGUGAUAGUUGCUUCAGGAAUCUUGCAGAAGAUCGCAGUGGAAUAAAUCUCAAAGAUCUCGUACAAGAUCCUUCUUUGUUGGGUGGGACUAUAUCAGCAUACAAGAUAGUACCAGAUGAAAUAGAAGAAAUCAAGGAAACCCUGAUUGAUUGGUGUGAUGAAAAGGAACUUAAUUUGAUAUUAACAACUGGAGGAACAGGAUUUGCACCACGAGAUGUCACUCCGGAGGCCACAAAAGAAGUAAUAGAACGGGAAGCGCCAGGGAUGGCCCUGGCAAUGCUGAUGGGAUCACUUAAUGUUACACCUCUGGGCAUGCUCUCUAGGCCUGUAUGUGGAAUCAGAGGGAAAACUCUCAUAAUUAACUUGCCAGGUAGCAAGAAAGGAUCUCAGGAAUGCUUUCAGUUCAUACUGCCAGCUCUACCUCAUGCCAUUGACCUUUUACGGGAUGCCAUUGUAAAAGUAAAGGAAGUGCAUGAUGAACUUGAAGAUUUACCUUCCCCACCACCACCUCUUUCUCCUCCUCCCACAACUAGCCCCCAUAAACAGACAGAAGACAAAGGGGUUCAAUGUGAGGAAGAGGAAGAAGAGAAGAAAGACAGUGGUGUUGCUUCAACAGAAGAUAGUUCUUCAUCACAUAUAACUGCAGCAGCCAUUGCUGCCAAGAUUCCAGACUCCAUCAUUUCUCGUGGCGUUCAGGUGCUCCCACGAGACACAGCCUCCCUCAGCACUACUCCCUCAGAAUCUCCUCGUGCUCAGGCUACAUCUCGCCUUUCUACAGCUUCCUGCCCAACACCAAAACAAAUUAGACGGCCGGAUGAAAGCAAAGGAGUUGCUAGUAGAGUUGGAUCCCUCAAAGCUCGGCUUCCCUCGUGUUCAUCUACCUAUAGUGUAUCUGAGCUCCACUCUAGAUUGGAAGGGCUUAAAGAUGAACUCUGGAGGAAUAGAGGCUACGACUUAAGAGUCCAGUCCAGGUGCAGCAGCAAGGAGAACAUUCUCAGAGCCAGUCACAGUGCUGUCGAUAUCACCAAGGUGGCUAGAAGACACCGCAUGUCUCCUUUUCCUCUAACAUCAAUGGACAAAGCUUUCAUCACAGUCUUGGAGAUGACUCCGGUGCUUGGGACAGAAAUCAUCAACUACCGAGAUGGAAUGGGGAGAGUCCUUGCUCAAGAUGUGUAUGCGAAAGACAACCUACCCCCGUUCCCAGCAUCAGUAAAAGAUGGUUAUGCUGUUCGAGCUGCUGAUGGCCCAGGAGAUCGUUUCAUCAUUGGGGAAUCCCAAGCUGGUGAACAGCCGACUCAGACAGUAAUGCCAGGACAAGUCAUGCGGGUUACAACAGGUGCUCCAAUCCCCUGCGGUGCUGAUGCAGUAGUACAAGUGGAAGAUACCGAACUUAUCAGGGAAUCCGAUGAUGUACGUCAUUACCAGGGCACUGAAGAGCUUGAAGUACGAAUUCUGGUGCAAGCUCGGCCAGGCCAAGAUAUCAGACCCAUUGGCCAUGACAUUAAAAGAGGAGAAUGUGUUUUGGCCAAAGGAACCCACAUGGGCCCCUCAGAGAUUGGUCUUCUGGCAACUGUAGGUGUCACAGAGGUUGAAGUUAAUAAGUUUCCAGUGGUUGCAGUCAUGUCAACUGGAAAUGAGCUACUAAAUCCUGAAGAUGACCUCUUACCAGGAAAGAUUCGAGACAGCAAUCGUUCAACCCUCUUAGCAACAAUUCAGGAACAUGGUUACCCCACAAUCAACUUGGGAAUUGUGGGAGACAACCCAGAUGACUUACUCAAUGCCUUGAAUGAGGGUAUCAGUCGUGCUGAUGUCAUCAUCACAUCCGGGGGUGUGUCCAUGGGGGAAAAGGACUAUCUCAAGCAGGUGCUGGACAUUGAUCUUCAUGCCCAGAUCCAUUUUGGCAGGGUUUUUAUGAAACCAGGUCUGCCAACAACUUUUGCAACUUUGGAUAUUGAUGGUGUAAGAAAAAUAAUCUUUGCACUACCAGGGAAUCCUGUGUCAGCUGUGGUCACCUGCAAUCUCUUUGUUGUGCCUGCACUGAGAAAGAUGCAAGGCAUCUUGGAUCCUCGGCCAACCAUCAUCAAAGCCAGGUUAUCUUGUGAUGUAAAACUGGAUCCUCGCCCAGAAUACCAUCGGUGUAUACUGACUUGGCAUCACCAAGAACCACUGCCUUGGGCACAAAGUACAGGUAAUCAGAUGAGCAGCCGUCUGAUGAGCAUGCGCAGCGCCAAUGGAUUGUUGAUGCUUCCUCCAAAGACAGAGCAGUACGUGGAGCUCCACAAGGGCGAGGUGGUGGAUGUCAUGGUCAUCGGCCGGCUAUGAUGGUCACCGGGGGAGAAAGCUUUGAUGCAUGUCCACAUAUCAUUGACUGUAUCCUGUAAUAUGCAACGGCACAGCUAGUUUUUCUGAUUUGGAUAACAGUUGAUCUGUAUAGUCAACAUCUCGAACUAUAUUUCAAAAGAAUUUAAAUACCUUUUAAAGAAAAAAAAACACCUAAAAAUGAAUCUUAACAGACAACUCUAUUCUGAUUAUAUCAAAGCAAAUUUUUCCUUUCUCGCAAAUUGCUUUGUGUGUUCAAUGCUAGGUCUGAUAGCGAUAGCUUUUAGUAGACAGCAGUAGGUGCCUGCAGAACUUGUGUUUUUCUCAUCUUUAAAAUACAACUACUUAUGCUCUUAAAUCAAGGCUGUCUGCUUAUUUAUACUAGCGUAGGCAACACUUGGAUUUCCCUUCUUAGUAUGCUUCAUACCCGCUUUACAGAGAGCUUUUGCUUGUUCUUUAUCAUGUAUCUCGUGUUUAUGUGCACAGUGCCAAAUGAAGAGUGACUGGGUGGCGGCCCUGCCCUGCCUCAAGGAGAACCAUCCCUGCAAAGCGUCCGGGAGGUUUCUCGUCCCAGUGGCCUCACGGCACAGUACUCUUGGGCAGUAACUGGAUACCUUUUAUUUGAAAAAACAAACUGGGGGAAAAAAUGCUUCCUUAAGUGCUGACAGCCUUUUUAACCAAUACAUUUAAAAUUGUACAGAACAAAAAAUAAAAUCAAAGACUGAUCUUGUACAGAUAUUAGUGUUACCAGCAUUCAUGUGGAAAUCAAAAGCAAAGAAAAAUAAUGUUAAACAACUCUGUACCAUAACAUUUUCUGUAAUGAUACUGAAACUUAAUGAAUAAAAAAAAAAUCCUUGAUCAUUAUUUAAAA